UGACCCAGACAGAAUUACCCUCCCAGCCCUCCCAAGCCACUAGCCCAGACAGUGAAGCCAUGGAAGCGACGUCUGCUGCACAUUUUUCAAGCCUCCCUACUCCAUCCCGAAGGCUCUCUCAGAUAAGGCGGACGAAAAAGAAGACGCAAGACAAAAUGUUCUCGGAAAUCAUGGAAGUAACCCACAAUGAAAGAGCUCAUCUGAAUGAGUGGAAGGACGUGGUAGCAAAGUACAGGAAAGAUGCCUGUGAACGUGAGGACAGGAGGGACCAACGUGAGGAUAGGAGGGACGAACGUGAGGAUAGGAGAGACGUUCGAGAUGAGAGGUGGUGGCAGGAAGAUCAGAGGUGUAGGCAGGAAGAUCAGCGGUGGCGGGAUGCAAUGCUGCAGCUGCUGCGUGAUCAAACUGAUAUCCUCCAACGUCUGGUGGAUCUUCAGGAAGAGCAGCGGGGUCACAGAGUGCCACUGCAGCCCCUGUGUAACCACCCUCACCAUGUUCCAUAG